CAGAGGUGGAGGUGGAGGCGGAGGCGGGGGUCUCUCGCUCUUUCUGUCUCUGUCUCUCUCUCUCUUUUCAGCCGUUUAAAUAUCAACCCGUGCAACUGGUCAGGGGUUCUGACUCCAAGACUCUCCGCUUGGAUCGGAUCAUUUCUCUACUUUUUCAAGAGGAGCGUCGCACCGGGAUGUCGAGCCUCCUGGAAAACCCUCUGCAGGCUGUGCUCUAUUUGAAGGAGCUCACCGCCAUCGUGCAGAACCAGCAGAGUCUGAUUCAAACCCAACGGUACCGGAUAGACAUACUCGAGCGCCGGCUGGAAGAUCUAGCGGUUGAGAAUCGGCAGCUCCGGGACUCCAGCAGUCAUCACCGGCACCCUCCCCGCUAUCAUCCGCCUCCGCCUCCCCGGACCUCCAGCCUGCCCCGAACCAACAGACCCGGGACGCCCCCGGUUCAAACCCAGCAGAAGCAGCAGCAGCAUUCCCCCCUGGACAUGCAGCUCGUGCCUGCGGGACCCAUCAAUGCCAGUCCGGACUCUGCUGAUGAAGAUGAUAAUGACGCUCAGGACCCCUGCUGUCGGUCCCUGGUCCCACAGACACCUGCCACCUUGUGCCGAGCUGUGGGACUCCCACGGGCAUCUGAGAGCCAGACCAUCCUGCACCAGUUCUGCUGUCCAGCACCUGAGGCUCCAGAGGGAGACUCCCUAAUCUGCUCCAGCCCGAUUCCUGCAGCAGAACAAAAAGAUGAGAAAAAAGAUGGCCAGCAUGAAGCACCACCACCCUGCUCACAUCCUCCAGAAUAUGAGCUCUCUCCUGAUCUCAAACUAAAACAGAUAGAGGAACUGGAGCAGAAAUACGGUGGUCCUUUGAUUUCCCGGCGUGCAGCCUGUAAGAUUCAGACUGCAUUUCGUCAGUACCAGCUCAGCAAGAACUUCCAGAAGAUCCGUAACUCGGUUCUGGAGAGCGGGAUCCCGCGGCGCAUGUCAGUGCGCAGGGUCCGAGUACAGAGGGAUGGUUUCUCCGCAGAACGAGCGCUGAUGGAGGGAUGUUCACUCAUGGGCAUCCCGCUCACACACUCCACCUCACUGCCGGUGGCUACAACAACCACACUCACACACCUGGAGGACACAUUCACUGAACAGGUUCAGUCAUUAGCACGAUCUAUUGACGAAGCUUUGAACAGCUGGAGUUCUGUUCGAGACGGGGAAGGAGAGAAGUCCACUGUGGCCCCUCCCUCUGGAUCCCAUCCUGAGGGGCUCCUGAUGGACCCCGCUUCCCUACUGGAUACCACACAGAGCAGCUGUGGAGAGAGCAUGCCCCGCAGCGCCAGUAAACUUAUGAUGGCUUUCAGGGACGUGACUGUUCAAAUAGACAACCACAACUUUCGCCUCUCCUCCUCAAUGCUGGAGUCAGUUUCUCUUGGUAAUGGUGUAUCCAGGGACACCAGCUCUGAACCCCAAACGGCUGGACAGAACGCAGGCCAGUCGGCAUCUUCAACCACAGCGGAGCCUGAGUUUCCAGCUCCGCCACCCAGUGAGGAAGAGAUAGAGAACCUACAGCCAACUGGAAUAGAUGUACCGACAGCAGGGGCGGGACUGGGGGGGAAACAGACCAAUCAGAUUGCACCAGAGAUAGCGGAAAACAGCUCAGAGCCCGUCAGUAGCAGCAGCACCUCGACAUCAGCGUGUGAGACGAUGAUUCUGUCUCUGCCCCGCCCACAUUGCCAGGACACACCCUGUGGCACGCUCUCGACGGAUAUUGCACGUAAACGUCUUUACCGCAUUGGACUCAACCUCUUCAAUGUAAAUCCAGACAAAGGCAUCCAGUUCCUGAUAUCCAGGGGCUUUAUUCCGGACACGGCCAUCGGUGUGGCUCACUUCCUGUUGCAGAGGAAGGGUUUGAGUCGACAGAUGAUAGGAGAGUUCCUGGGUAACAGCAAGAGGCAGUUCAACAGAGAUGUGUUAGACUGUGUGGUGGAUGAGAUGGAUUUCUCCAUGCUGGAGCUGGAUGAAGCUUUGAGGAAGUUUCAGGCUCAUGUGCGAGUGCAAGGAGAAGCUCAAAAAGUCGAGAGACUCAUUGAAGCAUUCAGUCAGAGAUAUUGUAUGUGUAACCCAGACGUGGUGCAGCAGUUUCAUAACCCUGACACCAUCUUCAUCCUGGCCUUCGCCAUCGUGCUGCUGAACACAGACAUGUACAGUCCCAACAUCAAACCAGAGCGCAAGAUGCUUCUGGAAGACUUCAUACGCAACCUCCGAGGAGUGGACGAUGGGGCAGAUAUUCCACGGGAGAUGUUAGCCAGGAUUUAUGAGCGGAUUCAGCAGAGGGAGCUGCGCUCCAACGAGGAUCAUGUGACUUAUGUUACCAGGGUAGAGCAAAGCAUUCUUGGAAUGAAGACGAUACUGUCGGUUCCUCACCGUAGGCUGGUGUGCUGCAGUCGACUCUAUGAGGUCACCGAUGUGAAUAAACCACAGAAACAGGCCUCACAUCAGAGAGAGGUGUUCCUCUUCAAUGACCUGAUUGUGAUCCUAAAACUAUGCCCUAAGAAGAAGAGUGCGGCCACAUACACGUUCUGCAAGGCCAUGGGCUUACUGGGAAUGCAGUUUCAUCUGUUUGAGAAUGAGUAUUACCCUCACGGAAUCACGAUAUUGUCUCCGUUCUCGUCUGAGAAGAAGCAGGUAGUGAGUUUCUGUUCUCAGAGCGCUGAGGAGCUGCUCAAGUUUGUAGAGGACCUGAGAGAGAGCAUGGCAGAGGUGGCAGAGAUGGAACAAAUACGGAUUGAGUGGGAACUAGAAAGACAACAGGUUGUGAGAUAUCAAACUAACAAGAACGACACACAACUAGACAUCCAUGCUGGACCUAGUUCUGCUUCAGGGGAUGAUAUAUAUGAGAAAACGGGAAGCAACAUGGUAGAGGUGUCAAUUCACAACAGGCUCCAAACGUACCAACUCAGCUCUGCUCUGGCCACACCCAGCGCUCAGCAACACCUGGCCGUCCUGCCUAGCCCCGCCCCUGGCUCCGCCCUCACCAUCUCCCCCGACACCCUGAUCCAGUGCCAGCAGAUCGUCAAAGUGAUCGUGGUGGACUCUGCUGGGCGUGGCCACGUGGAGGCAUUCCUCAGCCACAGCCCCGCCCAUCGCCUCAUCCAAUCGGCUGUCUCCACGCCCACCAGGUCACGGGAGGGAGGCAAGCAGCAGCAGCCGCCCCUCCCUCCCCCGCCGCCUCCUUAUCAUCACCCACAUCAGUUUUGCCCCCCGACCCCUCCACCACCACGCCACCUACUGAGCCAACGCAGGUACUCCAGCGGGACGCGCAGCCUAGUCUGAACAACACACACUCAGAUGAGUUCACAGCUGUUAAUGGGAUGGUUCACACUAUCUUUAUAGAAUCACUUUCAUGUCAUUCCAACUUCAUUUUUGAGUAAAAAAAAAAAAAGAUUUUUCAGAACACACAAAAAAAAAACAUUUUGAAUAAUGUUUACUUAGUUUUUUUUUUUCAGUAUAAAAAUAUUUACAGUGAAAUAAUUUAAUGAUAAGCACAAUAAAAUGUAGUCUGUACAUUUUGUGGACUUUGAAGUCCUCUUAAUUAAGCCAUAUGUGAGCUGAAAACUGAUGUCCAUAAAUUUAUGUUCACUGAAAACUGCCAGUGGAAUUCUAAAAUGUCUUUAAUAGAAACAUUUAGUGCAUUAUAAUAAUAAUAAUAAUAAUAAUAAUAAUAAUAAUAAUAAUAAUAAUAAUAAUAAUAAUAAUAAUAAUAAUUAUUAUUAUUAUUAUUAUUUUAGAGUAAUAAGAAGAAAAAAAUCUGCCAGUGCAGUAAGACCAAAUACACUUGUCUAUGAAUAAGAAAGCUUAAUACUUUAUUAAUUUGCUUUUUUAUUUUAUUUAUUUGUUUUCAUUUUUUCAUAGUUUUAGCACUUCGACUUGAACUAUUUAGUUUGUAGACAAGGCAACAUGAUAAUUUUUAUCUACAUUUUUAAAGUUCAGCUAAUAUUUAUAUUUUAUUUUUCAGCUUUAUUUAAAUUAACAAAAUUAAUUUUUUAAAUGUUUUUAACUGUUACUGCAUGGAAAAAAACUGUAUAAACAUUCUUCAAAAAUUCUCUUUUUGUGUUCUAUGGAAAAAAUAACAGCAUAUGGAUGUUAAGCAACAUGAGGGCGAAUAAACCAUGUCAUAAUUUUCAUAUGUGAACUAUUGCUUGAAAACUAAACUGUUGUGUACACUAUUUUUGAAGACACAAAAUAGCACAAGCAGCCUGAUCUGAACUGUUAGGCUCACAUCGCGCAAAAGAAAGCUACACUUAGAAUUGUUAGGUCUUCAUGGCCUUAAAGCCUGUAUUUAUUUAAAGUGAGCAGUAUUUUUUUAAGAGGGAUUUUUUUUUCUCAGAUCUUUUUUUGUGUGUUCACCACGACCCCGUGUACAAAUAUGAAAUUUUAAUUUCUCCUGAAAUGCCCACGUCUUGUGUUGCCCCUGACCUGAACGACCAUACCAUACACUACCAUAGAACAAUGUUUUUCAAUUAUAUAAAUGUUCACAUUGUAUUUUGUGUGGAAAUAGAAAAUCACCACCCUCUUUCAAAGGUCUUACCUGUUAAUCUUUCGAAAAUGAAAUCCAAUAUCAGUAUUUGGAUAUAAAUCAUACCUCGCAGCAUUUCUGAAAAAAAACAACAACAACAAAACAAAUGCAAAAGUACAAUAACUAGGUUAGAAAGGAGAACAUCCCCUUGAGUUGGUUUAGAUGCCUCAAAUAACAAUUUGCACCAAUAAUAAGACUCUACUAAACUAAACUACAGUAAUCAACUGUAUCAGGAGGCAGGUCAUGUGACAUCUAUUUACACAUUUGCAUUAAUUAAGCUCAACUUUUAUUUAAAUUGACAGCUCCUGAAAAUGAAUGACUUUAUCGCUGCAAAUCAAAUCAUCUUCUAGAGAAUUAUUGCAGCUGUGUUGUGAAUGCCCUGAACCAAUAGUGUUGGAAGAAAUUUAGGUUUUCUUACAUUUCUAAUGCUUUUUCUUUAAAACAACUUUAAAAUUUUGAAUGAGGGUGGUGAGACAGUUUACAAACUAGAGCCAGGGGUUGGCUUUAACCCAGCUAAUCGUCUUAAAUCAACCUUUUUAUUGUGUCUGGUCCUCUAGAGCGACCCUGUAGCGUGUUACUGUGAUCAAGCCUGGUGCUCAGGUAGCUUCAUGUGAAAACCAGGUGCACAUCAAACCUCUGAGAAAAUAUCAAAUGUUGCAUACUACAAGGCUAUGACUGAUAAAUUGUAUUUUUUUUUAACUUAUCACUUAAAAUGUCUAUUAAAUUAAAAUUUGGGGGGGUGAUCUGUGUUUUAAAAUGCUCUGGUGGAUUAUGUUUGUGUUUGCCUCUUAGAAUUCAUGUUUUCUGUUUUGCAUGUCAUAAGAGAUUCCUAUGUUUCUGUGCAGAAAUCUAUAAAUAGCUUUUAUCAGGAGUAUAACUCAGAUGUACAAUACUAAUAUUUAUGUUUCUAUUUUCCUGUUCAGUUUUGAAUGACAAAACUUGUUUUUAAUUGCAAAUAUCUACAUAUCUGUUUUUUCCAAGACACUAUUGGAAAUGAUGUCAUUCUGUGCUUAGACACAGAAGUUACAGAAAAGCAGCAAAAAAAAUGUAUUUAUAAAUCUAUUUAUUCAUAUGGAGUAGGAGAAUGAAAAGCUUUAUUGUAUAGUUUGCACAGCUGUUUAUUCAUUAAGAUGCACUGAUCAAAUAGAGUCUUUUGAUGGGACUGUUCAACUCACAUAUACUCCUCUACUGCACACAACAGUGAGUCAGAAGCUGUUCAUUCGCUAGGUUAAAUUAGCACGUAUGACAUAUUUGUUUCCAAGAACAUAGCGACACAUUCAAACCCAGCGAGGGGCUGUAUUCUGGCUGUGAAUUUGUGAAGUUGCACAGCAUUUUUGGGAAAAUGCAUCAUAAACUCCAUCCUAGAAUCCACAGUUUUAGUCUAACAUGAACUUCUUGAAUUCAUUUUCCAGAACUUCAAUAAAAAAAGAGAGAAGCUAAAAAUAUCAUUAAGAAGAAAAUGCAGAUUUUCAUUUAUAACUUGAAUAUGAAAAUAUAACCUUGUUAUGGUCAAAUCAAAUCAAUGGUCCCAUCUAAUAGGUUUUUAUGAUCUAUAUUUGUAUUGAAAUCUAUUAUGAAGUUUUAUAUGGUGAAAAGACACUUGAUACACACAUUUAUAUCCUGUAUAUGCAAUGUCAUGUAAUCAUAUCUCAACAAUCAAUAAACGUGCAGAAAAUAGAACAGA